UACCCCUAAGCUCAGCCAUAGGUACCGACCAAAGUCGACUUUACAGCCCAGAAAGAAACUCCAAGUGCGCACCGCAAUUCAGGGCCGCAGAGGCAUCACAGCAUGGCCUGAAGGGGAGCCCGGGAGCCAGGAUCCGGGAGUCCGGCUACCCAAGGGAUUUCAAGUGAGAUGCUGUCCCACUACACACAACUAAGAAGAUCCCGCUAUCUCGCCUCAACUCCAUCGCCCAGACAUGCCGCACGUCAUCUACACUCUCGACAACGCCAUCGACAGCUUCUUUUCGGAGGCUGGGGCGUCGUCGUCCAAGAUGCAGUGCGACGAGGUUGCCCGCCGAAGGUACGGAGGAGAGAUCCGGCCUGUUGAUAUCCAAGGCUCGACCAGCUAUACUGUCAUUGCAGGGCCGAACGGCGACAAGAUCAUCCAGUUCCGAGAGCAGACUGCCUUGUUAGACAUGAACAUGUUAGCGCUGGCCAAAGAUAUUCACCAAGGCGUCGUGGCCAGCUGUUCUGAGCUUGGGUGGAUCGGCGACCUAAGCGGUUCACAGCUAGCGAUAUACGAGAUGGACAGGCUUCCUGGAGAGAACUAUAUCACCGCUCGCCCCUCUCUCACGCGCGACCAACGGCUGAGUACCGUGUACAGCUUGGCAAGUUUCUUUGCACAGUCGUGGCAGAGAGGCACGCCAGCAGAUUCGCGAUUGGCCGAUAUGUCUGUUAUCAGCGCCGAAUGCUACGCCAGGUUUGAAUACCUAGCUGGCACCCUCCCCGAGCGCUUCCUGCCAGCCGUCACAGAAGCACAAGCCGCCCUACCAGCACUCCUCGACGGACGCUAUCCAGUGGUCCUUACGCACAGCGACCUCAACGAGAUGAACAUCCUGGUCGACCCCGGCAGCGGAAAGAUUACAGGCGUUGUCGACUGGCCUGGCGCGAGCAUCCAACCGUUUGGCUUCACCCUUUACGCGCUAGAGAACGCCCUCGGCCGCAUGGGCUCUGACGGAUGGAAGUGGUUCGAUAACAUGGAUGACCUGAGGGAUGCAUUCUGGAGGGCCUUCAGAGAGCAGACUGGCACGUCCGAGCCUCAAACAAGACUUAUCAAACUUGCAGGAAAGGCCGGCAUCCUUAUCCGCUAUGGCACCGCCUACGACAGCGGCUUCCCGGGAAUGAUAGGAGUCAGAGAUCCGAACGCUGAGGAUUUUAGAUAUCUUGAUGCGCUCCUUUUCUGAGAAGCCAUUCCUCGCGCGUUCGCUGGGAUGAAAGACAGAAGAAUCGAGGCUUGGGGCGGAGACACGGAAAGCAUCUCAUAAUCGACCUCGCGACUUGAGCAGCUGGUACGGGGGUCGCCACAGGAUCGGGGACCGUGCACCGGAUUCUGAUUAGCGGAGCAAGGGACCGGCUGGAGCGAGGCGAACCACUUAGAACCCGCCGGAUGCCUCGACAGCAAUACACGUCUUAUAACGAACAAUGAUCCGUCGGAUGCGAGUGCGCACUAGCAGCAGCUGAAAAGAUAACCCGCGUAUCGAUGGGACUGGUUGAAUGCGAUCGAAACAGCGAUCGACCGUCCAUCGUAUUUCUGUUCUUUAUUCCAAACUUAUAACAUAGCAU